AUGGCCCGCACAGCACGGAUGUCGGCCAUCCAACCCUACCCCACCCAACGAGCCGCCCGCACUGCUGCAAGAGUUCCCAAACCGCCAAAACUUCCUACCAGCAAGGGGGCUCUCCCAUUAACUAGCCCUCCCGACAAGAUCUCAGUCCAGUGUGGUUUCGAGAUGUGGUACAGAAGCAAAUGGACCCAGCAGCAAGGUGUCUUACGGACCAACCAUUUCGUCAACUGGGCCGACCCCUCCUCUUUCACAAGCUUGCUUACCACACUUUGCAAUAAAUUCUGUGAUCUCGUUGAACUCAAGACCAAAAUCACGGACGAGAGGGCAAUGUUUGCCAAAGAACAUUUUGAUUUCUGUCGGUUAGGCUCAUGGAAAGGGGGGUCGGUUGAAGAUUAUGACUCAUUUGUUGACUUUCUUAAGCGAGAGAAAGUCAUUGAUCUUAUAUACGACCAGGAUGCUUUUGAAAAAGUUUCACUUGAUGAAGAGGAGCGACUAGGAAUGUGUCAGCCUGGGUGA